GGCCAUGGAUUCAAAGGUGCCGCUGCUCGGCCGCUGAGCGAUCGUCACAGCCCACUGUUCUUUCUUAUACCGCGGCGACAGCGUUUCGUCGGAAAUGCGUUAAGACUCACCCGACACUGCCGGCUCACGAAUCCCGGGGAAAGGGCCACCGCGCGACUCAUCGUCACACCGGGAACAACCACGAGGAGGAUGUUGUUGCGCAAAGUGACGCCGUUGUUCCGCGGAGUGACCGUUCUCAGGGAGACGAGCGUGACGUCCAAGCCGUUUCUCCGGUCGACGAUCACCACGCCGUCCGGGGCGAUCCUGCCCGAGCCGAAGAGGACGCCGUUCAGCUUCCUGGGCGUCGUCAGUAGCGUGAUAUUCGGCCUGCUGGUCGGCGCGACGAUCAGCAAGAACAUCGCCAACUUCCUGGAGGAGAAUGAUCUCUUCGUGCCCUCCGACGACGACGAUGACGACGACGAUGACUAACGACCACUGUUUUCGUCUCGUUGUGAUUAUUGAGAGUACUCAGCCGAUUAGACGUGCUCUUGCCACUAAUUGACGAUUUGAGUUUAAUGUCGCAGUGACGCCGAGACCAGUAAUUGCAUGGAUUCACGUAACGGAGGAAGAGGAGUCUCUCUUCGCUUACACUACUUAGGUACCUUACUUACGCUUCAAUACCUGAGAUUAUGUAAAUUGUCAUAGAAAUAUUUAUUUAUACAAUUGUUGAAAGUUAAGUAGAACUUUACAAAAUCUAUGUAUUUAUAAAUCUAUAUAUAUAUAUUAUAUGUAUAAAUAAAUUGUGUUAAAUACAGUGUAAGUAAUACAAAAACGCUCAUUAUGGCAUCUGUACAAUCUGGGCGGUGUUAAUAGUACGAUGUGUACAUGCGAUUGUAACUACACGUAUCUCUUUUCAGUCUUCGAUUAACAUUCACAAAUUUCCAAAUGCGAUUUCCGAUAAUCUGCGCAAAAAUUGACAGUUUCGACAGUAUUUGCUAGAAGCACAGCGCAAAUCUAGAAAAACUCGUAGAAAGAUUCUAUUUAAACCCUUUUCAGGACUAUACAAACAGCUGAUAUAUCUUCUUACAGAAGAAUCGAUAUUUCUCUACAAAGAAAAAAGAAAAUACUGCUUUUUUUUUCAACGUUACAAUUCGACGAUAAAUAUCUAUCACAAUUCAUCGAACGAUUUUUAAAAGUGUCUAUCACAUUGUCUGAAACGUAAACGUGGGAGAAAUAAAAAGAGCGGAGUCAAUAGUCUAGUCUGUACGAAAGUUCAUAAAUACGGAAAUAUAUGUGAAUAAAUAAAUAAAUAAAUCUCGUUGGAUACACAAA